CAAUCUCAUCAAAUUCAUAGACUUUUCUUCUCUCUCUCUCUCUCUGUCUCUCUCUCUCUCUCUCACUUCACAGUUACGAGUUCAGACAAAGAAGACUCAUCAUUUCCAUAGAUCCGGAGCUCUCUUUCUCUCUCUCUCCUAACACUUUCUCUCUCUUGGGUGUCCUUCAAAAAAAUGUCUUGGGUCUCAGUUCUUGCGUAUCUGUUGCUGCUGCUAUCUGUGUGCACUGAAGCUUCGGUUCACGAUUACAGGGGUGAGAGUUUCGUGGUCAAAGGAAACGCCUUUGUUGUCCAUGGAGGCAGCGAAGGAAUUUACUCAUCUGUUCCCAAUCUCAACGACACUUCCAAAGCCUCAAAUGGCGACUCUUAUAUACGGUUUGAAAGGAUCACAUUCCGUAGAAACAAGGAAUUCUCUAACUUUAGCUCGUGGCCGAUUCAAGCUGUUGUUUUUGAAGUUGAAGAUAGAGAGACAAUUGGUGGUUCAGCUUAUGGGGGUCAAAGGGCUGUCUGUUGCACUGGUGAUCUAGCAAAAUUGGGUGUGUGUGCUGAAGGACAGGUCAUUCACCGCCCUUCCACGGAGAAUCCUGAUUGGCCUCAAGUUUUUGGUGUCCCUUUUAACGUGGAUGAUGAAGUAGCAGUGCUGCCGUUAAAAUCUAUACAAAUCACAAAAACUGGGAUGUAUAACUUGUAUUUCAUCCAUUGUGAUCCAAGGCUUAAAGAAUUGGUUGUAGAAGGAAAAACUGUGUGGAAAAAUCCAUCUGGUUAUCUGCCUGGUAGAAUGGCACCUAUGAAAAUUUUCUACCAGUUCAUGUCGUUUGCAUUUAUUUUGCUUGGGAUCUUUUGGUUCUCUCAAUAUGCUAGAUUUUGGAAGGAAGUAUUUCCACUGCAGAAUUGCAUUACCCUAGUGAUAACCCUGGGCAUGUUUGAGAUGGCUCUGUGGUAUUUUGACUAUGCUGAAUUCAGUGAGACUGGAAUCAGGCCAACUGGGACAACUAUAUGGGCAGUCACCUUUGGUACUGUUAAGCGGACAGUAGCACGUUUGGUCAUUUUAAUCGUCUCAAUGGGCUAUGGUGUUGUGAGACCUACCCUUGGCGGGCUCACAUCAAAGGUGGUUAUGCUUGGAGGAACAUUCUUUCUCGCAUCUGAAGUUCUUGAAUUGGUAGAAAAUGUUGGUGCAGUAAGUGAUCUUUCUGGAAAGGCAAAACUGUUUUUGGUUCUUCCCGCUGCAGUAUUGGAUGUUUUCUUCGUUCUUUGGAUUUUUACUUCACUCUCUGCAACAUUAAAUAAGCUUCAGGCCAGAAGGAUGAUGAUAAAAUUGGAUAUUUAUAGGAAGUUCACUAAUGCUUUGGCAGUAGCUGUGAUCGUAUCUGUUGGCUGGAUAUGUUAUGAGCUUUAUUUCAAAUCAAAUGAUAUAUACAACGAGCAAUGGCAGAGUGCAUGGAUCAUCCCAGCCUUUUGGCAAAUUCUGUCUUUCUCUCUCUUGUGUGUUAUCUGUGCUCUUUGGGCACCAUCUCAAAAUUCAACACGAUAUGCUUACCGUGAUGAUGGGAGUGAUGAGUUUGACAGGGAUGAUACUACUUUGACCCUUAUAAAACCAUCGUCUAUUUCUUCAAAGGAUGUUCGAAGUAUGCCAGAUGCUAGACCAGUGCAAGCCAGCAACGUAAAUUCAAAUGGUGAUUUGGAAGAAGACAAGAUAGAAUAAGCUACAAUAUUGCUCUGUUUCUGUACUUUUAUUGCAUCCGUCCUGAUAAUUAGCUCUGUGACUCUUCUUUUUAUUCUUUUAUUUAGUUCAUUAGUCUUCUUUGUUGUCAUUCGUUGCAUUUUCACGCAGCACUUCCUUACGAGAUUUGGAGUACAUGAUAAAAUAGUUAAUUCUUGUUCCUGUGAUGCCAGUGUAUAAUGGUA